AUGAUAGAUUAUCAAUUCAAGGAAGAGCUUAUAAAAACACGGGAACGUGUCGAAGACCUUUAUUCUUUUGAAGGCUUUAAGGUAGGAAGAGGGACUUACGGACAUGUUUACAAAGCGCAGCCAAGGCAUCCGGAACAGAUUCCAGAAAAUGGAGCCAAGGAGUUCGCUUUAAAGCUAAUUGAAGGCCAAGGUUUUUCGAUGUCGGCUUGUCGAGAAAUAGCAUUGUUGAGGGAAUUAAAACAUCCAAAUUUGAUCAAGUUGCAACGAGUAUUUCUGACGACCGAUCGAAAAGUAUGGCUGCUGUUCGAUUAUGCGGAACACGACUUGUGGCAUAUCAUCAAGUUCCAUCGAGCUGCAAAGCAGAAGAAGCAACCAGUGCUUGUCCCUAAAGGAAUGGUAAAAAGUCUCCUGUAUCAAAUAUUGGACGGAAUUCAUUAUUUACAUUCAAAUUGGAUUUUACACAGAGAUCUCAAACCUGCGAAUAUCUUAGUAAUGGGCGAGGGUCCUGGUGUGGAACGUGGGAGAGUGAAAAUUGGUGAUAUGGGUUUCGCAAGAAUAUUUCAUAACCCGUUGAAACCAUUAGCCGAGCUUGAUCCAGUGGUAGUGACAUUCUGGUACAGAGCACCGGAACUGCUGCUUGGUGCUAAACAUUACACAAAAGCCAUUGACAUUUGGGCUAUCGGUUGUAUCUUUGCGGAACUUCUUACCUCUGAACCUGUAUUUUUUUGUCGAGAGGAAGAUAUUAAAGCUUCCAGUCCUUACCAUCAGGAUCAGCUAAAUCGAAUAUUUACCGUUAUGGGUUAUCCAUCUGAAUCCGACUGGCAGGAUUUGAAAAAAAUGCCUGAAUAUCAGAAAUUGACACAGGAUUUCAAAAGAGCGAAUUACGCCAAUUGCACGUUGCAAAGAUAUAUGGAUAAACAUAAAAUCAAAGCUGAUACUCGGUCAUUUUCUUUAUUGCAACGACUUCUAACAAUGGACCCAAUCAAGCGAGUUACUGCUCAAGAUGCCAUGGAUGAUCCUUACUUUAAGGAAGAUCCUCGUCCAACUGCAGAUGUUUUCAGUGGUUGCGAUAUCCCAUAUCCAAAGCGGGAGUUCCUUUCUGAUGAAAAUGAUGAUAAGAGUGCCUCGGCAUCGAAACCACAGCAAGUUCAGCCUCCGCAACAAAGUCAACAGCAGCCUAUUGGCAUGCAUCCUCAGCAAUCAGUGAUGGAACCCGCAGCAAAGAAAAUGCGCAUGCAACAAGGAGCACAAAUGCCAGCUACGCAACAGAUGGAGCCAAUGAUGAAUGCCCCUACAAAUGGAAUGUUUGCUACAAGUGGUGCGCAAGAUUACCCACCGGUUGGCUCGGGACCAGCUAUGAGCAAUAAAGGAGGAAUGUCCUUUGAGCAACACAGUCAACAACAGAUAAUGCAAUCACAGCAUAUGAACAGCGGCAUGCAGCAGUUAUCGUACGGGCAUCAGCAACAGCAUCAAGUUAUGAACCAAGGUCCAAACAUAUACCAGCAGCAGCAGAUAGGUAUGAAUCAACAGCUAGGUGGUCCACCGCAAGGGCAAAUGGCUCAACGACCAGUGCAAAUGUCUGCGCAGUCAUCAGUUAUGCAAUCUUCUUAUCAACAACAGAUGGUACAACAAGGUAUGAUGAGUGGUCAGCAAAUCAUGGGUAAUGGAAAUGGUAUGUUAGGACAGCAGGGAGGUAUAACAGGACAAACACCUAUGGGUGGUCCUCAAAAUCAAAUGGGGCCACCUCAGGGACAGAUGGGUCCUCAAGGACCCACGAUCAUGCAACAGAUGCGUCCGCAAAUGUCAUAUGUGGACCAAAACGGACGAGUAAUACAGGGCGGUGGAAUAAUAAUGCAGCCAAGUCAAGAAAUGAUGACACAGCAAGGUCCCUACAUAAUACAGCAACAGCAGUGGCCUCAAAUGCAACCCCGUUAUUAA